UCCUUUAAUUGAAUAAUACAUACUGUAAGCUGAAUUCUGUCAGACUGACUUAUUGUCCAAGAUUCAUGUGGUGUAAAUGGUCACAUCUUUUGUUUUUUUAUUUUUAAUUCCUUUGCUUUGUGCUUCCUUUCUAGACCAUUAAACAGAAGGGAUUUGACAAUCCCUAAAAUGAACGCCACAAAUGACACUUCAGACAUAUGUGACGGCAUUGACUUCAGCUCUGACCAAGUCUUCCUCCCUGUCCUCUACGGCUUCAUCUUCUGUCUUGGCCUGCCCACCAACUGCCUGGCGUUAUAUGGCCUAGGCAGCUACAUCAAGUGCGAUAAAGCUCUUCCCAUUUUUGUUGUCAACCUUCUUGUGUCCGACCUUCUACACCUUCUUCCAAUGCCCCUGUGGAUCGAUUACUACCACAACGGCCACAAUUGGCGCUUUGGUUUGAAUGCCUGCACCAUCACAAGUAUUUUGUUCUGGAUCUGCAUGUGGAACAGUGUCUUCUUCUCUUGCUGCAUCUCCGUGGAGCGAUACCUCGCCAUUGUCCGGCCUCUGUGGUUUCAAAGUAAUCGGCUCAAAGGCGUCUACAUCUUGUGUGCCUGCAUAUGGCUGUGUGUCUCCAUCAUGACUAUUCUGGCCUUCCGAAUUGGAUUCUCAGGCUCCACCACUGGCUUGUGCAUGGAGUCGUAUCCGACAAGGAGGAACUUUGCACAGUUUCGCUGUGCUAUAAUGGUCUUCACUUUUUUUUUUCCUCUGGUCCUUCUCCUCUUGUGUUCGACCAGAGCUUCUCAGAAGAUGAAACACAUUGGUUUUUUAUCAGAGGAUAAAAAGAAGAGAAUGAAGCAACUAUUAUCUUUUGUGGUCUUUGCCUUCGUCUUAGUGUUUGGGCCAUACCACCUGCUCAGCCUUGUUAAGUUCAUCCUCAUUCUUCACGGAAAUGUAUGCCAGAAUGAGGCCACCAUUUUUAUUUUCUAUCAAGUUGGAAAAGGAAUUCUCAGCCUGAACACCUUACUGGAUCCAGUCUUCUAUAUUUUUCUUAGACGAGAUGUUAAGAAAAAUCUGGAAAUUUUCAGACUCUUUAAAACUGACAAGCAAAGUGUGGAGACUAAGACUGGGUCUGAAUCUAUCAGAUUUCUUUCCAGCUAACCCUGCGAAU